AUGGCGUAUCCUGGCUUCUCAUUUACCGCCUCAGCCUUCUCAAAAACGCACUGCACAGCAAAACUGCUGCCAGCAGGAGUGUGGCUUUUCUCUCCCCACUCCCUUUUCCUUGUGCACCCCUUUUCCUCUGCCCUUCUACUCUUAGAUACCACUGAAGCCGUGUUCGACUUCAUCCAGAGGAGCCGCAGGAUGAUCGUGGUCCUGAGUCCCGAUUACUUGACAGAGAAGAGCAUCAGCCUCCUGGAGUUCAAGCUGGGCAUCAUGUGCCAGAACGCCAUAGCCACCAAGCUCAUCGUGGUGGAGUACAGGCCGCUGCAGUGCACCCACCCCAGCAUCCUGCAGCUGAAGGAAUCUGUCUCCUUCGUCACCUGGAAGGGGGAGAAGUCCAAGCGCUCGGGCUCGCAGUUCUGGAAGGCGCUGCGGCUCCCCCUCGCCCUGCCGCUGCGCAGCCUGAGCGCCAGCGCCGGCUGGAACGAGAGCUGCUCCUCGCAGUCCGACAUCAGCCUGGACCCCGUCCAGAGGAGAAGGAGCCGCUUGAAAGGGCAGCCCGACCCGCGGGGAGCCACUCCUGUGACUCUCGCUCACGGAGGGACGGCCUCGGCCUCCGAGUCAAAGGCCAAGCAGCGAGCCAAGCGCUUCCUGACGUGCCGGUGUUGUGGGACCCAGUGCCAUGGCAGCAGCAGACACAAGCAGCAGGCCGUGGCUGAGCCCAGGUGGGACAGUCACCUCUGCAACCCGGGCUCGGGCAGGGCCCCGGCACAGGCCCUCCAGGGCAGGGCCCGAGCCGAGCCCCCGCCGGCACAGGGCCCCGCUCUCGCCCUCUGCCAUUACAGUGACCUGUCCAACAACAAUGACUUCUACGUGCUCUAGCACACAGGCUGCUGCUGCUGGGCCGGUGAAGGAAACUCACUGCGGCCUCGGGAUGUGUUUACCGUGUCACAGGCUGGCACGGUGCCACUAAGUGUCAGUGCCAUACCUGCAUGGAGGACUGCAGCAAUGUCACUGCUGCUGCCCCGAGCCAGGGCCUGCAGCCACGCACAGAGCAGCGGCUGGGGCCUUCCUGCCCGGUGCUUCUCCUGAAUUUGAAUUGCAGACGGAGCUGAAAAUGUUUCUCUGGCGUUGCUUUUCCCUGGCUGUGUUUGCGGCAGGGCUGCUGCUGGGGUGGGUGCACAGGGCAGGUGCCAGCUGGGGCUGGGGAGGGAGCAGGGAGAGGCCGUCCUGCUGCCAGCAACCUCGGGAGAAAGGGGAGCAAGCCUGCUUUUUGCAAAGGCUAAAACUUAGCUGCUAAUGAGGGUCAUGGGAGCCCCUGCCACUGCAGUUAUCUGCUGUGGUCUAAAAG